AUGAAUUCGACGACAUUAAUGACCUUUUUUCUUCGUACCGAUCCUAACGUCCGAUCCGUCAAACUGUUCGGCUCCUGGGACAAUUUUUCCAAACCGUACUCCCUAGAAAAGGAUAGGCGCGUUUGCCCCGGCCUGUGGAAAGGUUGCUAUACUUUUACCGGUAUCAUUUGUGACGGCUCUUCGGUGCAGCCUUCUUCACCUCGUUCUGGUGGACUAAAGAAUGGCGGUACCUACUGGUAUUACUACUUGUUAAACGACGAUAUCGAACACUACAACGAAACCGAACCCACGACGACGCACUGCCCCUUUCUCCCUGGCCAACCGGUCAACGUUCUUCAAGUUCCGAUCUUGCUCCCCGAUAGCGAACCGGUUCACACGCACAACUCACAGUCCCUCAAUAACACCCUUGAUAUCCGCACCAUGAAUCCCGAGGACCGUUACGUGAACCCCCGUCAGCCCCCUAAGCCCAAGCUGCCGCGGCUCCGCACGUCCCUGCAGCAGCCGGCGCCCUCCUGGUCUUUCAACUCCUCUCCUUUGAGCUUCAUCACCAACCGGACAACCUCCCAACCUACCAGCGCCGGGGGCAAGUCGCGUGGUCAUAGCUCUGGUGGUAGCCUCGACUCCAGGAUCUCCCGCUCCGUGUCGCCCCCCAGAUCCAGGGGUCUACGCGCCGCUAUCCAAUGCUUAAACGCAUCGACCCCGGAGCUAACGACUAUCAACAACUCCGAGGAUGAAGACCUUGUGAUGAGACCAUCAGCUGCGUACGGUCCCCGACCUCUCUUCAGUCCUCAGCGCGACAGCAGCCCUGCUGUUAAAGAAACCGAAUUGCCAUUCCGGCGUCCUUCGUCUGCCAACCACCACGAUUCAUUGUCCAUCCAGGACCGCCGUGCCAUGAAGUCGAAAUACCGGGAUCCGUCUCCCUUCCGGAGUCCCCUCACCGUGAACACCCACUCUGAUCGAUUCGAGUCCUUUCAUCAGAAUGAUAUGCCAACUCUCCGUGAGCUUGUGCAGGAAAUCGCGGUUUCCGGAGAUACUUCUGCGACGCCUAGGCCGCCUAACUUCCAAGACAAGCGGCUGCCCACGUUACCAAACACACCAUCGUCCGUCAUGGACGAAGCCCUGCGGGAUCUGGACGACAGAGAGAAGGCACUUGACGCAGAGAACCUGGGCAGCCACUUCUCCGACUUCUCAGCGACCGACGAGUCGACGGGAGAUCAAUCCCCAGUCUUGGAGAGGAGCCGCUUCUCCGAAUGGAGUACCGACAAUGAGCAAAUCUCCCCUGAGUCGAUGGUCUCCGCCUCGACUUUCAAUGAAGAGCGGCCAUUAUCAACCAUCACCGAUGAUGCAAAGACACCAGGUCUUUUGCAACCAUCCCAUGUCGCUGAAUGCAGCGACCCUGAUACGCCCCAUUUGACCGUGGACUCCCAACCAUCACCCGCUAUUUCUGCGGGCGACAACUCCCCGGACAUCCCGCUCCCCGCCCCUCGCGUAGCCGUCUCAGGAUCACCAUUACUCAACAUGGCGGACCUCUCCAUCAGUGACGAAGACGGCGACCACGAGCACAGCGAGCACCCAGAAUACGUCGAAUCGAACCCCAAACGCCGUGCCGCAUUUUUUGGCGAAUUAGACCCAGUCAAGGGACUCGGUUUGUCGCCCAGCCCAGGGAAUUCUGCCAUGCUCUUCAGAGACGCAGUCGAGCGCGAUUUAGCUGCUACGCCUCACGCGAGUGUUGGCUCUGUGAGUACGGGUCGUGAUAGCCUGGGGAGUGGUCGCCUUGUUGCUGGACAAAAUGCGACCAUGCAGGAGAUGAUGGAUGAAUUGAGCUACCUGAAAAAUAUGAUUCAAAAUGGGCAAGAUUUAAACGGGCAAAAUGAAGCACCUCAAGGGAUGAUUUAG